AUGAAUAUCGCGAGCUCUAACAUCAUGGUCAUAAGCCACACAUUUUUCUACCUUCUAGGUAUUCCUGGCUUGGAGGACCAACACAUCUGGAUCUCGAUCCCAUUUUUUACUUCCUAUAUUAUUGCUCUCCUUGGUAACAGUCUCCUCAUCUUUAUUGUUGUCACUGACCAUAACCUUCAUGAACCCAUGUAUAUCUUCUUAUGCAUGUUGGCUGGAAUUGACAUUUCACUCUCCACCAUUACAGUUCCCAAAACCCUGGCCAUUUUUUGGCUUAAUUCUGGAGGGAUAUCCCUAUAUGGGUGUAUUGCUCAGUUGUUCUUUAUCCACUCCACCUAUGUUGCUGAAUCAGGAGUCCUUCUGCUAAUGUCAUUUGACCGCUAUAUUGCCAUUUGUUACCCUUUGAGAUAUACAAUGAUCCUUACUCCUUCAGUGAUCAUAAAAACUGCUAUGUAUGUCUGCUUAAGAAGUAUUGUCAGUAUAUUCCCUAUAAUAUUCCUUGUGAAGAGGCUCCCUUUUUGCAAAAACAACCUUCUUCCACACACAUAUUGUGAGUAUAUUGGUUUGGCCAAGUAUGCUUGUGCCAGCAUUCGAGUGAACAUCUGGUAUGGCAUAUUUGUUCUUUUAACAACUGUGGUAAUAGACAUAAUCCUUAUUGUUCUAUCCUACUGCAUGAUUCUCCAUGCCAUCUUUCACAUCCCCUCUCAGGAAGCUCGUCACAAAGCUCUUAAUACUUGUGGUUCCCAUAUCUGUGUCAUCUUCCUUUUCUAUAUCCCAGGAAUCUUCACAUUUCUGGUUCAAAGGUUUGGCAAACAAAUUCCAGUUCAUGUCCACAUCCUCAUGGCUAAUGUUUGCAUGCUAGUUCUUCCUGUGAUGAACCCCAUCAUAUACGGGAUCAAAACCAAACAGAUAAAGAACAGAGUAUCUCAUUUGUUGUUUCAGAGACAAAGAUGA